UCCUCUUCAAAUAAAAUUUAAAAACUGAGAUAGUUCUAUGUUUCAAAGGCAAAAUUUGUCGUGGAUGAGUGGAAAUGGUAAAUACUCUAUUGGGCGAUGCAAGCCGCGCGAUGCAAAUUUUGACGCUCUCCAUGACGGCAGUACUGUUCAUUGAAACUUGUAACUGCUUUUGCACCGAGUGUUCUGGGAUGAAGUAUUUUUAUUAAGUUUAUUGAAUUUGCGCCCCAAGCCUCAAGAUGAAACAAGCUUGGCCAAAAAGAAAUCAGCAGCCUAACAAGAAACAGUCGAAAAGUGUUGCUCAGAGAGAUUCAUUGCAAGUUUUUUGCCGUCUGAGACCAACCAACGCUUCAGAGACAUGUAUCAAAGUGAUCUCUGAUACUGUCAUCCAAGUGACUACCCCAGAAUCAUACGCCAGCGCUCGAAAUGUGUCCGUCAAGCAAAUGCAGUACACAUUCCAGAAAGUUUUCGAUGAGAGAAGCACUCAACAACAAGUGUUCAGUGAAAUGGCCUUGCCUCUUGUGGAUCAUCUGAUUCAUGGGAGAAAUGGUUUACUGUUCACUUAUGGUGUCACUGGCAGUGGCAAGACUUACACUAUGAGUGGGAUACCAUCAGAUGUCGGUAUAAUGCCCCGUUGCCUGGACAUUUUAUUCAAUUCUAUUGGAAGUCUCCAAGCCAAGAAAUUUAUGUUUAAACCUGACAAACUGAAUGGAUUUGAUGUUCAGACAGAAGCAGAAGCUUUGCUAGAUCGUCAAGCUGAAAUAAAUAGCAGAUCUCGCCCUGGUCUCAGGAAAGAUAAAGAUCUCGGUUCAGAUCCAAACUUAAAUCAUAGAACAGUUGAUACAACCAAAAUUGAUGGUGUUGAUGAGGACAAUGCUUACGCUGUUUUUAUCACAUACAUUGAGAUCUACAAUAACUAUGUAUAUGACUUGCUUGGUGAAUUUUCUGAUGGUGAUAGUCGAUCAAAGGUUUCUUUAUUGAAAUUAAUAAGAGAAGAUGCUGCUCACAAUAUGUACAUACAUGGAGUGAACGAAGUAGAAGUAAAGUCUCCAGAGGAAGCAUUUGAGUUGUAUCACAAAGCCCAGAAACGAAGAAGGAUCGCCCCGACCAUGUCCAAUGCAGAAUCCAGUAGGGGUCACUCGGUGUUUACCAUUCGCUUAGUUCAGGCACCUCUGGAUAUUCAAGGAGACCAAAUCAUCCAAGAUCGAAAAAUGAUUGGCAUCAGCCAAUUAUCGCUUGUAGAUCUUGCUGGUGCGGAACGGACCAGUCGAACGCAGAAUGAAGGACAGCGUUUGAAAGAAACAGGAAAAAUCAACAACUCUUUGAUGACUUUACGAAAAUGCCUGGAUACUCUCCGUGAAAAUCAGCUAACCGGAAACUGUUCCAAGAUCCCUCCUUAUCGUGAGUCUCGCCUGACUCAACUGUUCAAGAACUAUUUUGAAGGAGAAGGAUAUGUAAGGAUGAUCAUUUGUGUGAACCCAGCGGCUGAAGAUUAUAGCGAAACUCUACACGUGAUGAAUUUCUCGGAAGUUUCUCAAGAAGUGCAAGUCACUGCACCAACUCCAAUGAAACCUGUCUUGGAUAACAGAUUUACUCCUGGCAGGAGGAAGGCAAAUCAGAUUUUCAGAAAAGCUCUCAAAGAAAUUGAGGAUAAUGGAAGCACUGAUUCAGCUCACAUUCCAAUUGACGUAGGAUUAGUAUAUUCGUUAGGUCCUGCAUUUCCUCCCAUGGAAUUACUUGAUCCAAAUGAUGAUCAAAUCAUUAAAAAUUUGGCCCGUUUUCUGGAAGCAAGAGCUAAUCGUAGGGCAGAGCUUAUGGCGGAUAUUGCAGAGAGAUGUGCCAACUUCAGGGUUCAGCUGUUAGAUGUCGAGAAAGAUCGUGUGUUGAAGGACCAGGAGAAUCUGUCUCUCAAGGCAAUGUUGGAUCAAAAUAAAAAGAAAAUGAGAUCCAUAGAAACCAAAACAGUCGAUGAUGAUUCAAAAAUUUGUAAUCUUCAAAGAGAACUGGAAGAUUAUACCAGUAAAUACAAAGCAGUGAAGGAAAAGUUAAACGAGGCGGAAAUGAAGUUGCAGCAGUUGGAAGAAGAGAAAAUGAGAGACAAGCAGCGGUACAAUAACAAAGUAGCCACCAAAACUAAGGAGCUUUCAAGGGAGUUUGAGCUGAAGAUGAGGGAAGAAAAAGAACUAAUUGAGCAAAAUCUCCGUGACAAGGAAAGGAGGAUGAAAAUAGCCCGCAGGGCCCUUGCUCCCGGAGAGAGUAUUUCCUCUUCAUCAUCGACAGACAAUCAUCACGGAGUCUUUACGAGGUCAAGAAGGAGAUCAGCCGAAAGUACGAUCAGCUCAGACAGCGAUGCUAAAGUGCCUAGAUUAGAGACGAAAAAAGAAGGACCCAAAACUUUUGUCGCAGUGAGCAGCAUCAGGGGUCACAGGAGAUCGCGCUCGAUGAGUCACGACCAAUGGCUGCACCAUCAGCCACCAACACCAGUGAAAUUGGGCACAGUUUUCCAACCAAUCAUGAAAAAGAGGAAAUCCGUCACUAAGUUGACCGAUGUCAAAGAUGUUACUGAUUCCAAAACGAAUAAAUAUUGUCUUGUCGCGCAGAAUCAAGACACAGAUGGAGAGCUUGAAACUCAUCUGUACAAGGGUGAUGUUGUUCCUACCGCUGUUGGGGGAGCGCAAGUUAUCUUAACAGAUGUUGAAACAUUGAAGAUAACAUCACCGGUGACUUCGCCGGUGAAGAAAAGAGUUGCUGCCUACAAUGCCGCAAUCAGUAAGCCAAAAGACGUGGAAUCCAGGUGUCAAACGGCAAUUGAAGGACACUGCAAGCGAUUUCGUCGCUAAUUGAUAGUUGAUCUUCCACCCAGUGGCUAUGAUCUACCAAUUUAUUUUAUUAUAUCUUGUGAUAUUUAUCGAACAUUUUAAGGCGUAUGUAUUUAAGGCCAAGGUUCUUAAACUUUUUGAUCCAUUUUUCAAUGAAGCAAUAUUCGAGAAUUCUCAGGUUGUCUCCAGUACCUGUUUUCGAAAGUACUUAACUUAUUUUUUUAUCACAUUUUUAAUGCAGAAUAUUUUUGUACCUAACCAAGUUUUGCAUCCAAACUUUUAUAUUUCAAUUUAAUGUGUUUGUGUGAUUUUUCAGAAAUCAAACAUUUCAGUUUUCAGUCUCAUUUCAGAGACUUGAGAAAUGCGUGUUUUCUUCGAGUGUUAAGUUUUAUGGACUAUCGAAUUUAUUCAACUUUGUAUUCUCCUGAUUCGGAGAAAAUCUUUAUAUAUAAUUGAAAGGACUAUUUAUUCUCCUUUUGAAAAGAGUACAAACCUAACUAUACAAUUACUUAUGAGACAUCUCUUUGGAACCCUCUAAAACUUGCAGCACCUCAAGUAAGAAUAUUCUUAUGACAUUUUAUAUUGAAGUAAUUUUCAACAACUCUGAACAAACAGUCCAAUUGAACAGUGCAAAUUGAAAAUCAAGAAGACUUGCGAUAUUUUUUAGGCCUUCUUUUCCAAGUUAUUCCUGACUCCUUCACCAUCAAAUCCUUUAAAUGAAUAUCGGAUGAACUGUAGACGACUUUUGUUCAAGGAUUAUGCAUAAAAAUAUCUCAAAAUUUUGAUUCACCGUAUUGAUAAGGUGGUUAAGUGCUGAAUGAAGCAGCCUGUAAGUCUAUCCGUGCUGACUGGAUCCUAUCUUCCCCUUUUAAUACGUUCGGUCGAUUUUGUUCAUCGUCUUGUCAGCUGUGUCGGAAUUUGAAAGGUCUUAUCUGUAAAAAAUUUUCUUGGACCUUUGAAAAACCAUCCUUGGAAAUUCCGAGGCCCUUCAAAUGAGGUUGUUUCCUGUCUCUCUCACUCAAAGUACUUAACUCAUUUUUUCAUUAUAUUUUUUUACGCAGAAUGUACAGUCCUUAAAGUUCCAAGUGAUCAAAGAAACUGUUUUUACCAUUUUAAUCCGAGAAUUUUCCUUGCUCUUUUCUUUUUCCUAGUUUUAUAAAUAUUGAUUGGUAAAAGGAAGUGCCUCUGUGCCAUGCAAACGAAGAACGUUGUAUGAGCCUUCGCACAUUGUCAAGUUUCCUUUGAUGCAACUCAAAUUAUCAGAAAACUUGAGAAUAUUUUCUGUCAAAUUUUCCAGAAAAUCAUAGUAAUGUGAUCUAAAACAUCUGAAACUUUCAAGUUGAAAUCUUCAUAAUUUUUCUCAAAAAUUAAUGUUCUACAGGGAAAAAUUUGGCAUUGAGUGAAUGUUUGUACGGCAUUUUUUGUUAGCAUGGCAACAUACUUGUCCUUGUGCUAUCUAUUCAGAAGAGUUAUGCUACAUGGAAGUCAAAUUAUUUAUCAAGACGAGUGAACGUAGUCAGAUAACUAUUAACAGCAAAAAAUGAUUCAGCAAAACAUGUCAGUAGAGAAGUAUUUUUUGUGCGCUGAAAUGUGUAAAUAAGGACCUUUUUAAUUUAAUUAAUUGCUACCUGAAAGGUAGCGUUCUUGAAACAUAACCAAAAAUUACCUCUGACUUUAGAAAAAGUAUUCAGAAGUCCUUAAAACACCUGAAAAAUCGAAACAACACAGUGAUAAAAAUCUGUUUGCAAAUUCAUUCAUGGUCCAAACCCCCUUUUCACCUAUAAUCAUUUUUGAUCCAGAAAAUGACUAAUGUAGGUAAAAAUUCAAGAGAUAUUCUACAAUUGCAAGCAUUGGUAUUCAAAUUUUGAGGUUUUAACUUGAUCUAGUUCCAUUCCAAAUAGAUACUUGUAUAUUUUUAAGCUAUUUAUUGAGACUUAGAUAUAUGCUUGUUGCAAAGAGAAAACGUGCCAAUCUUGUUAUUCGCCAACAUCAACUCAAUCUUUUAAAAAAUAUACACUCAGUUUUUGAGUCAGCAUUCACUCUUGUUCAGCUUGAAUUCUAUCUCGAUAAUGUAUCCCACUGUGUGUUUUGCUUAUUAAUCAAAAUGAUAUUUUUAUUAAAGUAUGUUUUCUAUCAUAGUA